UUCAAAGUGGGUGCCGGGUGGCACUUACCACCUGGAAUUAUCCGUAAACGCAUAAAUCGUGUUCGUAUGUAAUCUCCUAGAAUAUAGUAUUAUAUAAUACCUGUCUUUAGUAAAUAAUACCUUUUUUUCGAAUGUAUUAAUUAUCUCACAUGUAUUUAAGUCCUGUCUAACUAAUUCAACUAGUGAGAUCACCAAAAUUUUCGGCUUUGCAUUACCAUGGCUGAUCAGGCAGCUGUAUUAGCUCUGGUUAUAUUAUUUGGAGGUAUCAGCAUACAUUUUUCCUUGCAUAAGGUAGAAGAAGGACACUUAGCAGUAUAUUAUCGUGGUGGAGCGCUUCUUCCAAUAACCAGCGAACCUGGAUUCCACAUGAUGAUUCCUCUUCUUACAACAUUUAAAUCAAUUCAGACUACAUUGCAAACAGAUGAAGUAUCAAAUGUUCCUUGUGGUACUAGUGGAGGAGUUCUAAUCUAUUUUGAAAGGAUUGAAAUAGUCAAUAAGCUUAAUCCUUCUAGUGUUUUAGAUAUUGUUCGCAACUAUACUGCAGAUUAUGAUAAGACACUUAUUUUUAAUAAAAUUCAUCAUGAGUUAAAUCAGUUCUGCAGCUCGCAUACAUUGCAUGAAGUGUAUAUUGAUCUGUUUGAUCAGAUAGAUGAAAAUUUAAGAAUGGCUCUACAAAAAGACUUGAAUGAAAUGGCUCCUGGAUUAACAGUACAGGCUGUAAGAGUUACAAAGCCAAAGAUACCAGAUGUUAUACGCCAUAAUUAUGAGCUUGUAGAGUCAGAGAAAUCCAAACUUCUUAUUGCAGUGCAACACCAAAAGGUUGUCGAGAAAGAAGCCGAAACUGCCCGUCGUAAAGCAGUCAUUGAAGCGGAGAAAGGUGCUCAGGUGUCUAAAAUUCAGUAUGAACAGAAGAUUCUGGAAAAGGAAUCACGCCGAACAAUGGAGCUAAUAGAAAAUAGCAUUCAUAAAGAUAAGGAACAAAUCAAGGCCGAUGCGGAAUACUAUACUGUAAAAAAGCAAGCCGAAGCAAAUCAGCUCCUGUUGACAAAGGAAUACUUGGAACUGAAGAAAUUGGAAGCAAUAGCUUUAAAUACUAAAGUAUACUUUGGUGCGGAUAUACCUAGUAUGUUCAUGCAAUCUAAUGCUGUGCCUCAAGCCGCUGUGCCUCAAGCCGCUAUGCCAUAGAUAAAGAACAGUGUUAUUCAAGUAUUGUAUAAGCCUCAUUUAAGUAGAAAAGUGUUAAUAUAAGAUAAAGAUAGAUAAUAGUCUGAUAUAAAUUAUGAAACUUUUUUUUUAAGGUAUUAUUUAUCUGCAUUGCUUUUAGAUAAAUUCUUCUAACAGUAUACAUAACUAAAAUAUGUUUAACUUACAGAUGGUUAGAUUUCAAAUUAUUAUGUUAAUUGAAAGUAUACGGGGAAUCUCUAUAAGCAAUGCCUUUUAUUAACUGUGUUGUAUUGUAAUUCUAAUAUCUGUUUUGUAUAAUAAUGCGCAUAUUAUUAAUUCAAAUGUUUUAUUAAAAAUUGUAAAUUAUUAAUUCUAGUCGCAACCUUAAUGAU